AUGCUAGACUUUGAAGACGACGCGUCUCGGCGCGAAAAGUGCUACACAACAAUCUCAGAGCUGCCGUCCUACAUCGACCCCAAGCAGCCGCCUACAAAGAAGGCGCCUUUCUCGGCCAUCUGGGGACACUCCUUUGUGCAUACGGUGGAGGUCAUUCUGCCUGAAGACGCAUACAACACCGCCCAGCGAUCAUUACACACGAAACUCCAAAACAUCCGAUAUGCUCGAGUCUUUAUGUCGCUAUCCUCGCUCCUUGAUGGAGACUUUUUCAACACAUAUAUUAAAUCAGGGGACGUCCUUAUGAUAUCCGAAGGACAAUCUGGGUCGGAUAAUGUGUUCACCCUCAGAGAUGGAGUCUUAAGGCUAGAACUCGGAAAAGAGAUCUUCGAACGGACAGGACUCACAGGACGCCCGAUUCGCAGUGGCGGAAGAAAACACGCAAAAGAAAGAUAUCUUGUGGAACUCAAUCUGCGACUACCCUCGAUGCUCCACGGCAAGAAAGGCUUUGAGAGGAUUGCAUGGGCUUUCAAGAACGUUCUCAACCACUCAGUUGCCUGGCUGUUCUACGACCUAUCGCCCACGUCGAAUGGGAUUUCGCAAGACGACACGGAGCUGAAAGGCAAUCACCCACAUAUUAUUGACACCGAGGUCGUCACCACUCGUCGUGCGAAUAUGCUAGUGCCGUCUUUCGACGAGCUGAAUAUCACAGACCGAACCCCCCACGAGGACCUCAAAGAAAGCUGUGAGGAGCUGUCUGAAUGGCUGGGAAUGAUGGCUCUCGGUUCCCCUCGCAUUUUGGAAGACGACGAUACAGACCCGUUCCUAUGUCGGUACAGUGUGCCUGGUCGCGAAGGGUCUGUCCAGUCUCUGAACCUGGUCCGUCUAAAAUGGCAUGGCCUCAUUCCGCCAAAGUGGAUCAUGCAGUUGUUUAUCACAUUAUCACGAGAGACUCUGAGUGCCCCUGCGGAUCGUGCUUGGUUCGCCCUUACUUCGAAUGCUCUGGGAAGGGAUGCUGUCGAAGGCAAAGAUGGAUACACGAUCAUGGCGCUACCGUCUUCCCAGGGCAAGACGACCUCGGAUGGGAAGGAUGCGAACAAGCAGUCCAAAGACAGUAGAUAUUCUGUGUGCUGGGAAUAUGUCGCCUGGUGGGAUCAUGACUUGAUUUACUAUACUACCUAUAUGUGA